UAAAAUUGGUUAGGCGACGGUUACGUUUCCGAUUAUACCAAAGCUGGAUCUUCACGUGCCUCUUGCGCCUCCCCCCGCGCCCCCCUCCCCCCCUCUCUGGCGUUUCUGCUUCUUCUCUCAUUUAUGAAAGCGUAAGAGAUUCUGUAUUUGGUAAGAGAGUGAGAAUAUUCAUAUAUAUAUAUAUAGAAAAAGAGGAGUAGCUAGGUUGGGUUUGAAAGAAGGACAGAAAUGGAGGGAAAGAAACAAACGGGGUCCUCGUCUUCUUCUUUCACUUCCGACUUGUUUGGCUCAAAGGAGUACUCACCGUCUUCUAUGGGGAUUUUUGGCUCUAUUUUUGCACCUGCGUCCCCCAAGGUCUUAGGGAGAGAGUCAUUGCGCUCCGAAGUGGCUGAGAAAAAGCAGGAUUCCGCAGAUGACGCCUGGAAUACCAAAUCUGGAACUCCAGCUUCAGAUUUGACUUCCAAAAUGAAUGAAGGUGAAAGUCAGAGCAUACCAAACAAAGAUAUGAGUUCCAUUUAUCAGGAGCAAAGAGUACAACCUUGUCAUCUUAGUUCAUCAAUCUAUUAUGGGGGUCAAGAUAUCUAUCAUCAUCCUCAGACUGCCCAUACCUCAAGCAUGAACCCAAUGUUCAAAAAGGAUGGACCUGAAGAUGACACAGGCAGUGCUUCAAGAGGAAAUUGGUGGCAGGGGGGCCUUUAUUACUAAGAUCUCACGAGCCAUGGCAUAUAUAUAUAUACAGGUAUAAAGGCAAGUUAUAGGGUAGUAGUUUAAUCUACCUUUUGUUGUUGCAAUAGGAAAUAUCAGUCAGCGUGUAGCGCAAAGCUGAUUAUUGUAAAUUCACCAGCCAUGGAACAACACACACACACACACACACACAUAUAUGACAAGGCUAUAUGGCGCUUUUUUUUUAUUUUGCUGUAAGGCAGAUACAUUAUUUGGUCUUUUUGCAAUAAAAGUACUUGGUUUAGAAGCUUUUUCUAGCAUCAAUCUACUGCUAGAAAAAUCUUAGUUAUGAAA